AUGCAGUUAGAUAAUGAAAAGCUAGCACGUGAUAAUUCUAGACUGAUAUACAUCGAUAAUCCUCAAAGAACCAAUGAAGAGUAUGAAUUCACAGGAAACAAGAUCACCACUAGCAAAUACACACUUAUAAACUUCUUACCCAAGAAUCUUUUCAUUCAGUUUCAUCGAGUGGCUUACAUAUACUUUUUAGCCAUUGCAGCUCUCAAUCAGCUUCCUCCUCUUGCAGUCUUUGGAAGAACAGUCUCUCUCUUCCCUCUCCUUUUUGUUCUCACAGUCACUGCUAUAAAAGACGGAUACGAGGAUUGGAGAAGACACAGAUCUGAUCGAAAUGAGAACAACAAAGAAUCCCUUGUUCUUGAAUCCGGAAACUUCCAAUCCAAAAGAUGGAAAGACAUCAAAGUAGGUGAGGUGGUGAAAAUUAAAGCUGAUGAGACAAUCCCUUGUGACAUGGUGCUGAUGUGGACAAGUGAUCCUAGUGGCAUUGCUUACAUACAAACCAUGAAUUUAGAUGGAGAGUCGAAUUUAAAGACACGUUACGCUAGACAAGAAACAUCCUUAAUGCCAUUAGGAUCAAUAUCAGGGGUAAUUAGAUGUGAACAACCUAAUAGAAACAUAUAUGAGUUCACAGCUAAUAUGGAGUUAAAUGGUCAUAAAGUUUCCCUAAGUCAAUCAAACAUUAUCCUACGUGGAUGUCAGGUGAAAAACACAGAAUGGGUUAUAGGUGUUGUGGUGUAUGCUGGACAAGAGACAAAAGCUAUGCUAAAUAGUGCAGUUUCCCCUUCAAAAAGAAGCAGACUUGAACAAGCAAUGAACUCAGAAACUAUUUGGUUAUCUGUUUUUCUAUUCAUAUUGUGUCUUGUUGUUGCUAUUGGGAUGUGUUUAUGGUUGAUGAGUCAUCAGGAUGCAAUUGAUACGAUUCCUUAUUACAGAAAGAGCUAUCUUAUAAAGGGAAAGUUUCCAGGAAAACCGUAUAAGUAUUAUGGGAUUCCUAUGGAGACGUUUUUUGCUUUUUUGAGUUCUGUUAUUGUGUUUCAGAUAAUGAUUCCAAUAUCUUUAUACAUCACCAUGGAAUUGGUUCGAUUAGGUCAAUCUUAUUUCAUGAUAGAAGACAAACACAUGUAUGACAGCAGUACAAACUCAAGGUUUCAAUGCAGAUCCUUAAAUAUAAAUGAAGAUUUAGGUCAAAUUCGUUAUGUGUUUUCUGAUAAAACUGGAACACUUACUGAAAACAAAAUGGAAUUUAGAAAAGCAUCUGUUUUCGGGAAGCAUUAUCAUAAUCCACCAAUUGUGGAUAAAAAGAAUCCAGAAGCAGACAUGAAAGGAAAGAAGCUGAAAUCUGAUAUUACUGUGGAUCCUGACCUCAUGGGGUUGCUUCAUAAAGGGCUAAAUGGGAAUGAAAGAAUUUCUGCUCAUGAGUUUUUUCUAACACUAGCAGCAUGCAACACUGUGAUUCCAAUUCUUAAUCAAAGUAGUUCACAAGGGUCUUCCAUGGGGACUGAAAUUCAUGAAGAUCUUGAAGCUAUUGAUUAUCAAGGAGAAUCUCCUGAUGAACAAGCUCUUGUAGCUGCAGCUUGUGCAUAUGGAUACAUUCUUUUUGAAAGAACAUCUGGUCAUAUUGCAGUUGAUGUCAAUGGUGAGAAAUUAAGGCUGGAUGUAUUAGGGCUGCAUGAGUUUGACAGUGUCCGAAAAAGAAUGUCAGUGGUUAUCAGAUUCCCAAACAAUGAAGUAAAGGUAUUGGUAAAAGGGGCAGAUACGUCAAUUCUCAGCAUCUUGAGGGACGAUUCUGGAAACGAUAACAAUUUAAGCAUCAUAACACAACACCAUUUGAAUGAGUAUUCAUCAGAAGGUCUUCGGACACUUGUACUUGCUUCUAGGGAUCUUACAAAUCAAGAACUUGAAGAAUGGCAAUCAAUGUAUGAAGAUGCCACCACUUCAUUGGUUGAUAGAUCUUUGAAACUAAGACAAACUGCAUCACUUGUUGAAUGUAAUUUACAUUUGCUUGGAGCAACUGGAAUUGAAGACAAACUUCAAGAAGGAGUUCCUGAAACUAUCGAGUGUUUACGUGAAGCAGGAAUUAAGAUUGUUAUAAAUGGAACUUCAGAAACUGAAUGUAGACAGCUUCUGUCUGAAUCAAUGGCUAGAUAUGGUGUUAAAUGUAGAGAUUUGAAGAAUACUGAAAACAUAGAAGGAAGAACAGAUGGGGAAUUGGCAUUGAUAAUUGAUGGGAAUAGUUUGGUUUACAUCUUGGAAAGAGAUUUGGAAUCAGAGCUGUUCAAUCUGGCAACAUCUUGUAGAGUUGUUUUGUGUUGUCGAGUUGCACCUUUACAAAAAGCUGGAAUUGUUGAUUUGAUCAAGAGUCGAACUGAUGAUAUGACACUAGCAAUAGGUGAUGGUGCAAAUGAUGUGUCAAUGAUCCAAAUGGCGGAUGUUGGUGUUGGCAUAUGUGGACAAGAGGGACGCCAGGCUGUCAUGGCUUCAGAUUUUGCAAUGGGACAAUUUAGAUUCUUAAAAAGACUACUUUUAGUACAUGGUCAUUGGAAUUAUCAACGCAUGGGUUAUUUGGUUCUUUAUAACUUCUACAGAAAUGCUGUUUUUGUCUUCAUGCUUUUUUGGUAUAUAUUAUGUGCAGCUUUUUCAACAACAUCUGCACUUACUGACUGGAGCAGUGUGUUCUACUCAGUAAUUUACACUUCAGUCCCUACAAUUGUGGUUGGAAUUCUAGACAAAGACUUGAGUCAUAAGACACUUCUUCAGUAUCCAAAGUUGUAUGAAUCUGGACACAGGCAAGAAAGUUACAACAGUUGUCUUUUUUGGAUGAUGAUGGCUGAUACCAUAUGGCAAAGUCUUGCACUUUUUUGUGUUCCAAGAUUUGCAUUUUCACAAAGCACAAUUGAUAUUUGGAGUAUGGGUAGUUUGUGGACUGUUUCAGUGGUCAUUUUGGUAAAUAUACAUUUAGCCAUGGACAUUCAAAGAUGGGUGCUUUAUACUCAUAUCUCAAUUUGGGGAUCUGUGGUUAUGACAUAUGCUUGUGUAGUUGUGUUGGAUUCCAUUCCUGUUUUCCCUAAUUACAGGACAAUAUAUGAAUUGGCAAAACAACCUACAUAUUGGCUAUCGAUUUGGCUUAUAAUAGUGGUGGCAUUACUUCCUAGAUUUAUAAUCAAAGCUAUGCAUAGAAUGUUUAGGCCUUCAGAUAUUCAGAUAGCUAGAGAAGCUGAGAUAUUGAGAAAAAGAAGAUUCUUUUAUGGGUCAAGUACGCUUCGAAGAUCUAGUGACUAAAAUUGAUUCGGUUUUAUGUAGUAUGUGGGGCCCAUAUGGUUUUGAAUUCAAGAGAGAUUAAUAAAAGUAGUUGGAAGGUUGAUAGAGCAAGGGUGGUAUUCGGGUUCGAGAAUUGAAAAGGGCAUUUUGGCAAUUUGGUUGAUACAUAAUAUUGGAUUUGGUUUUGGAAAUAGGGACAUGAGGGGUACAGAAUAUGUGUUGGGCAGUGGUGAAGAGAUAGAGAGAGGAGGUGUGUAAGAGUUUUAUGUAAAGUAGUAGUUUCUUUUAGGUGUAGGGCUGUAACAAAAUGAGACAAUAUGAUUCUUACUUAGUUAAUGAGGAAAUAUGUAGACAGUGUUUCAUCUAUUGAGAGAGGAAAUAGAGAAGGUAUGUAAUGGU